AUGGCAAAGGCAGACGAUUUCUCUGUUUUCAGCAUCCUGGUGACAGGAUCCGAUCAAGGGAUUGGUCUGGGUCUGGUGAAGAGGUUUCUGGAGCUGCCCUCUCCACCCAAAUGGGUCUUUGCUACAACCCUUGACCUGGAGGGAGAAGAAACCAAGGAGCUAAGAGAGAUGGCUUGCAAAUAUCCGAAUCUAGUGGUCUUGCAAUUAGAUGUUACUAAGCUUGACAGCAUCCAGGCCGCUCUGAAAGAAGUGCAGAAGUGUGUUGGAGAAGCUGGGCUGACCAUCCUGUACAACAACGCUGGCACUUGGGACUUCAAAGAUCUGCAAGCAGAAAAUGCCAAGAAUAUGAUGAGAACUUAUUCUGUCAAUACCAUCGGCCCACUGCUGAUGAGCCAGGCAUUUCUACCCCUGUUGAAGAAGGCAGCCCGGAGAAGCCCAUGUCAAGGGCUGAGCAGCAGCAAGGCGGCCAUUAUCAAUGCGUCCAGCAUUGCAGGCUCUAUUGAACUUGUGGCUGAGUGGGAUGUUGUACAGGGAACUGCAUACCGCUUCAGUAAGGCUGCUUUGAACAUGAUCACCAGGUGCCAGUCUCUUGAGUAUGCAGCCUAUGGGAUUAUGAGCGUCUCCAUCCAUCCUGGCUUAGUUAAAACUGCUAAGAGUCCAAUUCCGGAAAUCACCGUGGAAGAGAGCACACAAGGCAUCGUGAAUGUGCUGUCCAAGCUUUGUGAAGAGGACAACGGGACCUUUCUAGAUCGGUUGGGCCAUCGACUUCCGUGGUGA